AUGUCACCCAAAAAGAACAAGACUGCCAAAAAGAACAAAGGGGAUAUCAAUGAAAUAACCAUAAUGGUCGAGGAUAGCCCAAUCAAUAAUAUCAAUGGGCUGAAUACCUUGUUGGAGGGAGGAAACGGCUUCAGCUGCAUCUCAAGUGAAGUCACUGACCCUGUCUAUGGUCCUAAUCUCUUGGAGGAUCUUAGCACCAUGAGGCAGGAUAGUUUCCUCUGUGACCUGACAGUCUCCACCAAGUCAACGUCCUUCGAUGUCCACAAAGUUGUCAUGGCGUCCUGCAGUGAGUACAUUCAGAAUAUCCUAAAGAAGGAUUCCGCCCUCACGAAGAUUGACCUGAACGACCUUUCACCCACAGGCUUGGCCACAGCCAUCACAUACGCCUACUCAGGGAAACUAAGCCUGUCGUUGUACAGCACUAGCAGCACCAUCGCAGCAGCCAUGUUGUUGCAGAUCAACACCCUGGUGAAAAUGUGCAGCGAUUUCCUCACGCAGGAGCUCAGCGCAGAGAACUGCAUGUAUGUGGCCAACAUCGCCGACACCUACAACCUCAAAGAAACCAAGCAGGCCGCCCAGAAGUUCAUGAGGGAGAACUUUAUCGAGUUCUCUGAGAUGGAGCAGUUCCUGAAGCUCACCUACGAGCAGAUCAACGACUUCCUCAGUGAUGAUUCCCUGCAGUUGCCCUCUGAGAUUACAGCCUUCCAGAUGGCCAUGAAGUGGUUGGACUUUAACGAGAAGAGGCUGAAAUACGCCCCAGAUCUUCUGACCAACAUCCGCUUCGGCACCAUCUCAGCCAUGGACCUGGUCAACCAUGUCCAGAGUGUGCCCAGAAUGAUGCAGGACCCCGAGUGCCAUCGUCUCCUAGUGGACGCCAUGAAUUACCACCUGUUGCCCUACCAGCAGAACAUUCUGCAGUCCCGCAGAACAAAGGUGCGUGGCGGCCUCCGGGUCAUGCUGACAGUGGGUGGACGACCGGCCUUGACAGAGAAGUCUCUCAGCAAAGAGGUUCUCUACAGGGAUGAUGACAGUGUAUGGAAUAGGCUGACAGAGAUGCCAGCCAAGAGCUUCAAUCAGUGUGUGGCAGUCCUGGAUGGCUUCCUUUAUGUUGCUGGUGGUGAAGACCAGAAUGAUGCUAGGAACCAGGCUAAACAUGCUGUCAGCAACUUCUGCAGGUGAGGAUUUGAUUCUAUAUAAGCUUAUUCUAUUGUAAAUGUAUUUGCUCUGCUCUUAAAGUAUGGCCGAUAUUACACAGACCAUGACAAGCUAUUGUACUUUACAUUCAAUUGUGUAUUGAAUAAUAAUAUGUAUCUAAUAACAUGUUUUUGGCAAUUAGGUAUGAUCCUCGAUUCAACACCUGGAUUCAUUUGACCAACAUGAUCCAGAAGCGCACCCACUUCAGUCUCAACACCUUCAAUGGCCUCUUGUUUGCUAUUGGAGGUCGUAACUCUGAUGGAUGCCAGGCUUCAAUGGAGUGCUACGUGCCCUCCUCCAACCAAUGGCAGAUGAAAGCCCCCAUGGAAAUCCCCCGGUGCUGCCAUGCCAGCUCCAUCAUUGAUGGCAAGAUCCUUGUUAGCGGUGGAUACAUCAACAAUGCGUACUCCAGGGCUGUGUGCAGCUAUGACCCUUCCACUGAUGUGUGGCAAGAUUUGAACAGUUUAAACUCCCCUAGAGGCUGGCAUUCCGCUGCUACAGUCGGAGACCGGGCUUACGUGAUUGGUGGCAGCCAGCUGGGUGGCCGUGGAGAGAGGGUGGAUGUCUUAGCUGUUGAGUGUUUCAACCCUCACAAUGGGCAAUGGAGCUACUCUGCCCCCCUAAACACAGGAGUGAGCACUGCUGGUAUCGUCAGCAUGAAUAAUAAGAUCUAUCUCCUUGGAGGCUGGAAUGAGAUUGAGAAGAAAUACAAGAAAUGCAUCCAGGUGUAUAAUCCUGACCUCAAUGAAUGGACUGAGGACGAUGAGUUGCCAGAGGCUACAGUUGGCAUCUCAUGCUGUGUCGUUACCAUACCCACACGCAAAACACGAGAGUCCAGGGCCAGCUCAGUUUUAUCUGCGCCAGUCAGCAUAUAG